AUGUCAUCAGUCCCUGAUUCGGCCAUCGGCUUGUCUAAGCUUGGAGACGAUGUACUCCAUCAUGCAAGCACUGAUGCCACACAUGAGCCAGGGAGCCAUGUAGACGCUUUACAAGCAAUCUCAAUGGAAUGGAAAGCUAGGCGAAAGCAUUACUCCGUUUCUACAUCCUCCAGAAUACCCAAUGCAGAAGUGAAACGGAAUAGUCAAGAACUUGGCCAAGAAGUUGGAGAUACUUUACCGCAGGAAAACAAAACACAUUGGAAUGGCCAGGAAGACAAACUUGAAGUGUCUUCGGUGACAGGAGAACAACUGGAUAAUUCCAUUCCCUCAAUUAGUAUCCAAGAUGAUCCCUCCGAGAUCGACACCGACAUUGCCACCAGAAAUCGAUCUCCGGGGAAGGAGAACGUGGCGACCCGAUUUAAAAGCAUCUUCACCGAGGAAUUCGAUGAACCAGGGGCGGAUCCGGAUGAUCCGGAGCUAUUCCAAUCUACGUCGAACCUAGCUCGAAACGACAUUGGUAAUCGCAAUCGCAGUUUCUCUUCAAUAUUCCCUCAAUCUGUGACUGGAACCUGGCAUAAAUCCCGAAGUGUAUUGCACUCCUUGGCUGCUACACUCCUUGAGCAGUGGGAACAGAUCAAGAGCAGUAGCGUUUUUGGUCUGUUGGGUACUCCGAUAAAACGGUCCUUCGAACCAAGGUCAAAUAGUGCAUCAUACAUCACUAGCCACGAAGCACCUAACAUCGCUUUAUAUGACUCCGAAGGUCUGGUACUUGACCUUCAACCGACCGCAGAAUCGUUCUCUCGUGACACCUUGGAUGCAGUGAAAGCUAAGCAUAAUACGCAUGGUGACGACAACCAGGAAGGGAUCUCCCAGUUCAAUCGGAGUGAGGUCCCCACGGAGAUUACAUCCUUCACGCAAGCUGACAGUAAUGCUGAACCAGCUCGUUUGACUGCUAGAGGUUGGAGAAAUAAUGUAUCCUGUCCCGCUGAGAAUAAGAUUACAGAAAGAAGUAUUCUAGAAAGGGGAUUAAAAAAAGAGAACUGCGACUAUCCGAGUACGGAAGCUUUCUUCAGUUUAAAAGAUGGAAGUGGAUCAACGAUUGAUGCUGGCACUGCCGGUCUGUGGCUAAGCUGGCUUCAGACUACAGCCACUCAGCUCAGCGGCUGUACUAAAUACAGCAGCAAAAUGACUUGA